AUGUCAGGGGGCCAGCCCCCAUUAGGGCCCCCCCAGGGCCAGUACCCCCCCAUGAGGACCCCCAGCCCCUACACACUACAGCAGCAGCAAGGCAUCCUGGGAAACCACGCCGCCAUGAUGUCCAACCAGGCCAACCUCGCAGGUGGGUAGAGACGCCAGAGCAAAGGCUUACACUUGAUUUGUAAAUACUCAAGCUAUCAACAAACAUUUACAUUUUAGUCAUUUAGCAGACGCUCUUGACCCUUGACCUCUUCAUGCUGUAGUAAGGGGUUUCCCUUGUCAGGAGUCAUCAAAGUCAGCACUCAAAGAAACAAACUCAACGGAAAACACUCACUGCCUCUUUUGAUGAGAAGAUAAGCUAUCAUUUGGCACGUCAGCUUUUCUUCUCUCUCUCUGUGGGGGGCCGAUGACACGUCACACUGAUGACAUGUCAUAUUGAGUCACUUCCUGUUUCUGUGCAUGAAGUGGAGGGAGUCGGGGUCACCCACACAGACACACACACAGCCAGCUCUUCUCCUCUCACUUUCACUCUGACUCACAGACGGGCCCACAGCAAUGAAAACAACCUCUGAGCCUCUGAGCCUUGGCUGUUUGGCACUUUGACAAACAGAUGUUUGCAGAUUGGAGAAGUGUAAACAAAAUGGUGGUGACUUCUGUUAUAUUUCACCCCUCACUUGUUCCCUCUGACUCCUCAUCACACCUUCACACACUCACAUGAUCUCUCCCUCCCUCUCUCUCCUCCAUCUACUCUCCCCCUCUCUCUCUCUCCCUCCCUCUCUCUCCUCCAUCUAUCUCCCCCUCUCUCUCUCUCCCCUCUCUCUCUCUCUCUCUCUCUCCCCCUCUCUCUCUCUCCCUCUCUCUCUCUCUCUCUCUCUCUCUCUCUCUCCUCCAUCUAUCUCCCCCUCUCUAUCUCCCCCUCUCUCUCUCUCCCUCCCUCUCUCUCCUCCAUCUAUCUCCCCCUCUCUCUCCUCCAUCUAUCUCCCCCCCUCUCUCUCUCUCCCUCCCUCCAACCACCUCUCGCUCCCCCCCCCCCCCCCCCCAGGUCUAAUGGGUGGUCCUCGGCAGGGUAUGCAGCAGCAGCAGGAAGAGGGGGGUUGGGGUCCUGGGGGCCCGGGUCAGAGCGGUUCAGCCUCGGUCCCUCCUCCAGGGGCCCCAGGUCAGCAGGGGACGAUGCACAGCCGUAUGGGGCCCAGCCCUGGAGGCCCUGGGGGCCCCAUGAGACCCAACGGUCAACCAGGACCUGGACCCAGGCAGUUGCUGCAGUCGCAGAUGAUGGCCAACGGUGAGAGUCUGAAUAUCUAGAAUGCCCAGUUCUGUGCCAGGGCUGCUCUAGAAUAUCUAGUUCUAAUGCCCUUCCACUUCACAGAUCAGUCUAUCUUAACACCAAGUGAUGUAACAUAUUGGUGUUGUCAAUGGAAACCAAUUUAUUGAAAUACAUUUUCAGCAUGUAGAAGUCCACAGAUAGUUUUGAAAAUAAAAGGUUUUGGAAUCGAGGAUAUAGUAAAGGUACAAAGCUGACACCUGCUGGCCAGUCAGAGGAACAACACACUGACACGCUGGCUAACCAAUCAUCAUAUCUCUCUAGCAGCUCAGUCUGGUUUGGGCAUGGAGUUAAUAAAGUUAUGUAUUAGUUUGAAUGUCUCUCUCUAAAGAGAUGGGCGUGGGGGUUAAUAAAGUUAAAUUCAUUUGAAAAUGUCACUCUAAAUAAAUGGGCAUGUGGUUAAUAAAGUUAUAUUACUUUGAAUUUUUCUCUCUAAAGAGAUGAGCAUGGGGUUAAUAAAGUUAUAAUAAUUUGAAGUUCUCUAAAGAGAUGGGCAUGGGGGUUAAUAAAGUUAUAUUAAUUUCAAUCUCUCUCUAAAGAGAUUGACAUGGGGUUAAUAAAGUUAUAUUAAUUUGAAUAUUUCUCUCUAAAGAGAUGGACAUGGGGUUAAUAAAGUUAUACUAAUUUGAAGUUCUCUAAAGAGAUGGGCAUGGGGGUAAAUAAAGUUAUAUUAAUUUGAAUCUUUCUCUCUAAAGAGAUGGACAUGGGGUUAGUAAAGUUAUAUUAAUUUGAAUCUUUCUCUCUAAAGAGAUGGACAUGGGGUUAGUAAAGUUAUAUUAAUUUGAAUCUCUCUAAAGAGAUGUGCAUGGGUUUAAUAAAGUUAUAAUAAUUUGAAGUUCUCUAAAGAGAUGGGCAUGGGGGUUAAUAAAGUUAUAUUAAUUUGAAUCUUUCUCUCUAAAGAGAUGGACAUGGGGGUUAAUAAAGAACAUCUCGUUCCAAAAUCACGGCCAUUAAUAUGGAGUUGGUCCCCUCUUUGCUACUAUAACAGCCUCCACUCUUCUGGAAAGGCUUUCCACUAGACGUUGGAACAUUGCUGCGGGGACUUGCUUCCAUUCAGCCACAAGAGCAUUAGUGAGGUCGGGCACUGAUAUUGGGCGAUUAGGCCUGGCUCGCAGUCGGCGUUCCAAUUCAUCCCAAAGGUGUUAGAGGUCAUGGCUCUGUGCAAUCCAGUCAAGUUCUUCCACACCGAUCUCGACAAACCAUAUCUGUAUGAACCUCGCUUUGUGCACGGGGGCAUUGUCAUGCUGAAACAGGAAAGGGCCUUCCCCAAACUGUUGCCACAUAUUUGGAAGCACAGAAUCGGCUAGAAUGUAAUUGUAUGCUGUAGAGUUAAGAUUUCCCUUCACUGGAACUAAGGCGCCUAGACCGAACCGUGAAAAACAGCCCCAGACCAUUAUUCCUCCUCCACCAAACUUUACAGUUGGCACUAUGCAUUGGGGCAGGUAGCGUUCUCCUGGCAUCCGCCAAACCCAGAUUCGUCUGUUGGACUGCCAGAUGGUGAAGCGUGAUUUAUCACUCUAGAGAACUCGUUUCCACUGCUCCAGAGUUAAAUGGCGGCGAGCUUUAUACCACUCCAGCCGAUGCUUGGAAUUGCGCAUGGUGAUCUUAGGUGAUCUUAGGCUGCUCGGCCAUGGAAAACCCUUUCAUUAAGCUCCUGACGAACAGUUAUUGUGCUGAUGUUGCUUCCAGAGGCAGUUUGGAACUCAGUAGUGAGUGUUGCAACCGAGGAAAGAUGAUUUGUAUGUGCUUCAGCACACGCCGGUCCCGUUCUGUGAGCUUGUGUGGCCUACCACUUCGCGGCUGAGCCGAUGUUGCUCCUAGACGUUUCCACUUCACAAUAACAGCACUUACAGUUGACUGGGGCAGCUCUAGCAGGGCAGAAAUUUGACGAACUGACUUGUUGGAAAGGUGGCAUCCUAUGACGGUGCCACGUUGAAAGUCACUGAGCUCUUCAGUAAGGCCAUUCUACUGCCAAUGUUUGUCUAUGGAGAUUGCAUGGCUGUGUGCUCGAUUUUAUACACCUGUCAGCAACGGGUGUGGCUGAAAUAGCCCAAUCCACUCAUUUGAAGGGGUGUCCACAUACUUUUGUGUAUAUUAAUUUGAAUCUCUCUAACAUAAAUGGGCAUGCGGUUUAAUAAAGUUAUAUUAAUUUGAAUCUCUCUCUCAUUAAAGAGAUGGGCAUGGGGUUAAUAAAGUUAUAUUAUUUGAAUCUCUCUCUCUUUAAAUAGAUGGGCAUGAGGUUAAUAAAGUUAUAUUAUUUGAAUCUCUCUCUCUUUAAAUAGAUGGGCAUGGGGUUAAUAAAGUUAUAUUAUUUGAAUCUCUCUCUCUUUAAAGAGAUGGGCAUGGGGUUAAUAAAGUUAUAUUAUUUGGAUCUCUCUCUCUUUAAAGAUGGGCAUGGGUUAAUAAAGUUAUAUUAUUUGAAUCUCUCUCUCUUUAAAGAGAUGGGCAUGGGGUUAAUAAAGUUAUAUUAUUUGAAUAUCUCUCUCUUUUUAAAGAGAUGGGCAUGGGGUUAAUAAAGUUAUAUUAUUUGAAUCUCUCUCUCUUUUUAAAGAGAUGGGCAUGCGGGCACACCAGUUCACCCAGCAACAGGCUCCACCCAAUCAGACGGCUCCAUGGCCAGACAGCAUGAUGCCCAUUGAGCAGACACCCUUCAACCAGAACAGGUAAACAUCCCUCAGUACAUACACUACUUGACACUACUUGACACUACCUUACACUGGCCUCUGCAGUGCUAUCACUACUUGCGGUACACUGACCUCUGUCCUACUACAGCUACUUUACCAGAAGCUCUCACACAUUCAACUCCAAAACUGAUGUCUGUUGGCGCAAGAGCAACUCUUCUAGUUCUGUGUCACUUGCACUAAGCAAAUACCAAAUGACCAACCACUUUAAAAACGGUUUGGAUCAGUCAACAACAGCACAGAGAAGUGGUCAAAAUAACUUAUGGUCAUUUAACCUUCUCCCCUACCCCACCCUCCCUACCUCCCUUCUGUCCCUCCCCCCUUCUCUCCCUCUACCCCUCCCUCCCUUCUCUCCCUCCCCCCUUCUCUCCCUCCCCCCUUAUCUCCCUCCCUCCCUCCCCCUUCUCUCCAUCCCUCCCUCCCCCUUCUCUCCCUCCCUUCUCUCCCUCCCCCCCCUUCUCUCCCUCCCCCCCUUAUCUCCCUCCCUCCCUCCCCCUUCUCUCCAUCCCUCCCUCCCCCUUCUCCUCCCUCCCUUCUCUCCCUCCCCCCUUCUUCCUCCCUCCCCCUUCUCUCCCUCCCUCCCCCUUCUCUCCUCCCUCCCCCUUCUCUAACCUCUCCCCCCCUUCUCUCCCUCUACCCCCUCCCUCCCUUCUCUCCCUCUAACCCCCCUCCCUCCCUUCUCUCCCUCACUCCCCUUCUCUCCCUCCCCCCCCGCUUCUCUCCCUCUCCCCCUCCCCUCUCCCUCUCCCUCUCCCUCUCCCCUCCUCUCUCCCUCCCCCUCCCUCUCUCCCUCUCCUCUCUCCCUCUCCCUCUCCUCUCUCCCUCUCCCUCUCCCUCUCUCUCCUCCUCUCUCCCUCUCUCCCCCCCCUCUCCUCUCUCCCUCCUCCCUCGCCUCUCUCCCUCCCCCUCCCUCUCUCCCUCCCCCUCUCCACUCUCCCCUCCUCUCCUCUCCUCUCUCCGCACCUCUCCCUCUCCCUCCCCCUCUCCUCUCCCCUCCUCUCAUCCUCUCCCUCCCCCUUCUCCUCCCCCUCUCCCUCUCCCUCUCCCCCUCCCUCUCCCUCUCCCCUCCCUCUCCCUUCUCGCCCUCUCCCUCUCCCUCUCCUCUCGCCUCCCUCUCCCUCCCCCUCCCGUCUCCCUCUCCUCUCUCCCCUCCUCCUCCUCCCCUCUCCCCGUCCCCUCCCCCUCUCCCGCACCCCUCCCCCCCCCGCCUCUCCCACGCUCGUCCCUGCUCACUCUCACUCUCCCUCCCCCUCUCCUCUCUCCCUCCCCUCUCCAGGUCUGUGUAUGCGCCCCAGCAGCAGCAGCAGGUGUUGCUGGGGGGUCCUGGUGAUGGGGGUCCUGGUGAUGGGGGUCCUGGUGAUGAGGGGGGCCCUGAUGUCCCAGCUCUACACCGUGCUGAAGGACUCUGAUGGCCUGGAGGAGAUAGACAGAGCCCUGGGGAUACCUAAUCUGAUGGGACUGGUACGAUUCAGCAAUCAUAUUAACAUCCCUCUAUCCUUCUCUCUCUUACCAACUCUGUGACAGAUCAGUCCAUUCCUCCAUCUCUGAUCCCUCUCUCUGGGGACACUCACCUGUCACUAGAGGUGUCGUUCUUUACCUCAUCUAGGCCUAUACAGUCUAUUUCUCCUCCUCUCUGUCUGUCUCUCCUCUAUCUCUGUCUCUCCUCUAUCUCUGUCUCUCCUCUAUCUCUGUCUCUGUCUCUCCUCUAUCUCUGUCUGUCUCUCCUCUGUCUCUCCUCUGUCUCUCCUCUGUCUCUGUCUCUCCUCUAUCUCUCUCUGUCUCUCCUCUAUCUCUCUCUCUGUCUCUCCUCUAUCUCUCUCUCUGUCUCUCCUCUGUCUCUGUCUCUCCUCUGUCUCUGUCUCUCCUCUGUCUCUGUCUCUGUCUCUCCUCUGUCUCUGUCUCUCCUCUGUCUCUGUCUCUCCUCUGUCUCUGUCUCUGUCUCUCCUCUGUCUCUGUCUCUGUCUCUGUCUCUCCUCUGUCUCUGUCUCUCCUCUGUCUCUGUCUCUCCUCUGUCUCUCCUCCCAUAGGUGGUGCGUGAGUUUCAAGUUUGGGGAAGCAAUUUUUUCACCAAGAAAAUCCCCUUUAUGAUAAAGCUACUAGCAGAAUCUUUAAUGCAAUACCACAAAAAUGACAGGGUACUCUGCUGGGAAAAAACAACCUUGUCUUGAAUGCAACCAUAUAAUCUCAGCCUGCGAAAAGGAGGAGCACAGAUUGUACAAGAUGAUCUAGCCAGAAGGAGGAAAUUACAUAAUCAUACUCUCUGGUGUAGUAUUUUGAAUUAUGUUAUUUCAUUUUGUACAGACAUGAGUAAUGAUAUCAUUUGGGGAGGACGCACUAUUUUUGUCUGCACCAGUGGCGGUCAGUGCCGUUUAAGAUGAGGGAGGACGACAACAAACAAAUCUCAUGAGCAUGGCCUUAUUUCUAUUACAGCAUAUUGGAUCUGUCAUUCAUAUUCCAUUCAUCCAGCUCAAUGUAACAUCGAUAGGUUUAGGCUACUACAUGAUACUAAAAUGUUCCCUAUAUCCAUCAUGAGUUUGCUACAACCUAGCCUAUGAAUUAAAGUUUACUACGUACAGUGAGGGAAAAAAGUAUUUGAUCCCCUGCUGAUUUUGUACGUUUGCCCACUGACAAAGACAUGAUCAGUCUAUAAUUUUAAUGGUAGGUUUAUUUGAACAGUGAGAGACAGAAUAACAACAAAAAAAUCCAGAAAAAUGCAUGUCAAAAAUUUUAGAAAUUGAUUUACAUUUUAAUGAGGGAAAUAAGUAUUUGACCCCUCUGCAAAACAUGACUUAGUACUUGGUGGCAAAACCCUUGUUGGCAAUCACAGAGGUCAGACGUUUCUUGUAGUUGGCCACCAGGUUUGCACACAUCUCAGAAGGGAUUUUGUCCCACUCCUCUUUGCAGAUCUUCUCCAAGUCAUUGAGGUUUCGAGGCUGACGUUUGGCAACUCGAACCUUCAGCUCCCUCCACAGAUUUUCUAUGGGAUUAAGGUCUGGAGACUGGCUAGGCCACUCCAGGACCUUAAUGUGCUUCUUCUUGAGCCACUCCUUUGUUGCCUUGGCCGUGUGUUUUGGGUCAUUGUCAUGCUGGAAUACCCAUCCACAACCCAUUUUCAAUGCCCUGGCUGAGGGAAGGAGGUUCUCACCCAAGAUUUGACGGUACAUGGCCCCGUCCAUCGUCCCUUUGAUGCACGAGGCGAGAUCUUGCAUGGAGCCCCAGGCCGAGGGAGAUUGACAGUUCUUUUGUGUUUCUUCCAUUUGAGAAUAAUCGCACCAACUGUUGUCACCUUCUCACCAAGCUGCUUGGCGAUGGUCUUGUAGCCCAUUCCAGCCUUGUGUAGGUCUACAAUCUUGUCCCUGACAUCCUUGGAGAGCUCUUUGGUCUUGACCAUGGUGGAGAGUUUGGAAUCUGAUUGAUUGAUUGCUUCUGUGGACAGGUGUCUUUUAUACAGGUAACAAGCUGAGAUUAGGAGCACUCCCUUUAAGAGUGUUAAAAUUGUGUUUACUUGAUAGCUACCGAUACAUAACUAGCUACCUAGAAUAAAAUGUGUUAAAGAUUUUAAAAAAAGUCAUUAGAAGUCUCAGCUCGUUACCUGUAUAAAAGACACCUGGGAGAGGGGGGUCAAAUACUUAUUUCCCUCAUUAAAAUGCAAAUCAAUUUAUAACAUUUUUGACAUGCGUUUUUCUGUUUUUUGUUGUUGUUAUUCUGUCUCUUACUGUUCAAAUAAACCUACCAUUAAAAUUAUAGACUGAUCAUUUCUUUGUCAGUGGGCAAACGUACAAAAUCAGCAGAGGAUCAAAUACUUUUUUUCCCUCACUGUAGGUGCACACAGGUCAAGAGACAAAUUUGAUGUGACAGACAGUGACAUUCAAUACCGCCUUGAGCAACUCUUGCCUGCAUCUAGCUGAUAUUGGGUGUAAUCAUGAGUCCAACAGUUGCAAACAAUAGUUUCUAUUGGACAAAUGCAGGUGUGUUUAUCCCAGUUUUGUUCCGUUUGCUUCUGUUUAAGAAACUUUUUUCAACAGAAUGGGGUGGAAUGAAUACACCCCGAUCACGCGUAAACACAGUUCACAGUUUCAUAGCAGCCACGUUAUCCUCCUUCUCACAUAUUCGUUAUGCGCUCUCCUCCUUUCACCUUUUCCCUUCGCUUAUGGACUUCAAUGCACAUCACAUCAGCUGUAUGUGACCAGGCGAAAAAAAACUUUCCAAGCCAAACCAUAUUAAACCUGCUACACAACACCUACGUCGUUGUCACCAUAUUACCUAAAGCAACGUCAUAGUCAACAUAGCUCUAUUAGCUAACGCGUUAGUAAACCCACUACAAUCAUGCAGUAACUUUACAGUGUAUAGUCAGUUAGCAGUUUAGCAGUUACACCGGCGGCCCCCGGUGGCAAUAAAAUUAGUAAAACCAAAAUCUUACCUUGAGUUCCAGUGUUGUGUUGGAUAAUCAUAGCCAGCCAGCUAACAUAGCAUCCCUCUGUUGUGAGCAGGGUGUUUGAGUAGGUUAAACUAGCUAGCCGCAUUUGCUAGCAAAGUGAAACUGAACGUGAACAAAAUAAUGACGAUCUCUCUCUAUUUCUCUCUUGCUUCUCCUUCAUUUAUGAAGAAAUUAAUUUGUUCAAAACUGUUCAACUAUUGUCUUUCUCUCUCUUUGAGUCAACUACUCACCACAUUUUAUGCACUGCAGUGCUAGCUAGCUGUAGCUUAUGCUUUCAGUACUAGAUUCCUUCUCUGAUCCUUUGAUUGAGUGGACAACAUGUAAGUUCAUGCUGCAAGAGCUCUGAUAGGUUGGAGGACGUCCUCCGGAUGUCAUCAUAAUUACUGUGUAAGUCUGUGGAAGGGGGUGAGAACCGUGAGCCUCCUAGGUUUUGUAUUGAAGUCAAUGUGCCCAGAGGAGGACGGAAGCUAGCUGUCCUCUGGCUACACCAUGGUGCUACCCUACAGAGUGCUGUUGAGGCUACUGUAGACCUUCAUUGCAAAACAGUGUGUUAUAAUACAUUAUUUGGUGACGUGAAUAUAUUUAGUAUCUAAAAAAGAUAACUUUUUGAAUUGACUGAGGAGGAUGGUCCUCCCCUUCCUCCUUCUGUGGAGCUGGUUCCCAUCUCUACUUUCUCUCCUCUAUUUUCUACAUGUAAAAAUGCAUCAUACACUCAUCCCUCUCACCUCCUGUCUUUUUCCAGGGUCAGUCUGUAGAUCAGGACCAGUUCUCUUCAGACCCGUCCAUGUUGCUGGACCAGAAGCCUCCAGUGUAUGGCCAGCAGCACCAGCAGUACCCCCCACCCAGCUCCCAUCUAGCCCAGAGAGGGUACCACGGCCCUGGGCCCGGCAGACCCAUUCAGGACCCCACAGGUAGGGCUGGGAAUUGGUAAUCAGGGACUUCACAAUGUAAUUGUAUCACGUUACGCGGAUCACAAUUCAAUCCAUAUUGCGAUUGUAUGUCACGAUUCUACAUGUAGUGCGAUUCGACACUGCGAUGUGUUAUUGCGAUUCGAUAUUCUGAACAUAUUGCUCACUAUAUGUCUGCUGCAGAGAGACCAGAGAGCCACGCGAAAAUGAGCCAUGAGAAAAUUAUAACUUUUAAAAAAUGUUAUUAUUGAUUCCUUGGCUCAGAGUAAUCGUGAUUUUCAACUGAAUGGAUUUCCCCCCCACCUCUAUUCUAAACUGAUCGAUUCUCAACUGAAUGGAUUCCCCCCCACCUCUAUUCUAAACUGAUCGAUUCUCAACUGAAUGGAUUCCCCCCCCACCUCUAUUCUAAACUGAUCGAUUCCCAACUGAAUGGAUUUCCCCCCCACCUCUAUUCUAAACGGAUCGAUUCUCAACUGAAUGGAUUCCCCCCCACCUCUAUUCUAAACGGAUCGAUUCCCAACUGAAUGAUUUCCCCCCCACCUCUACCCACAGGGCAAGGCUUCCACCCCAUGGCUGGCCAGAUGGGCCCCAGACCAGGAUACCCCAUUAUAAGGAUGCAGCAACGACCGGGGCUGAGGCCCCAAGGGGUGGU